CACCUUGCUGAGAAGACAAACACAGAAACAAAAAAAAUGCACUAAAGCAUGGUGUCUGGAAAGUGCUCAUUGACGGUUCAUUUGGAGAAGUUUAUUGCUCUUUGGAUUCAACAAUCGUCCAUGAGCCAGCGGCGCAACAUCUCUCACAGCCACCAUCAGAAGAUGAUCCUGGAGUCCCGCAGACAGGAGGAAAUGCGUGAAGAUCAGACCAAACGCAUCGCCAACGAGCGGCAGCUGCAAGCCAACCUCCAGUGCGAGGAGAGAGUGGAGAGAAAGCGCUUCAUGCGCAAACUGCAAGUUGAAGAGUAUGGAAAACAAAUGGAGGAGGCACUCCUUAGGGCGGAAGAGGAAAGGCUGUUCAAAGAGAGGCAGCUUGAACAAGAGGAAAGGAUGGCCAAGGAGUUGGCGAGAAUCAAUAACGAGAAACUCAGAGAUGAAAAGAUGAGGCAGUACAUUAAAGAGAACAGUGUGGAGCUUCGAGAGUUAGAGUUACAGCUCAAGUCUGCCUACUUGAACAGAGAACGGGCAGCACAGAUAGCAGAAAAGGAUGCCAUGCGAUAUGAGACGAUGAGACAAGAGGCUGCUAUUGCCCGUAAGAUGAAGGACGAGCACAAGUAUGCAGAGGUGGAGAAAGAGAAGCAGGAGCAGAAGAGGCAUGAGGAGGUGGUGCGUUACCAGCAAGAACUUGAGCAGCAGCUUGAGGAGAAGGAACGCAAGAGGCAGGAAGCGUAUGAGGAGUUUCUUAAAGAGAAACUCAUGGUGGAUGAAAUCGUGCGGAAGAUCUAUGCAGAGGAUCAAAUGGAGCGUCAGUUACGACUUGAGAAGGUAACAGCCACCCAGAGGUACAUUGAAGAUUUUAAAAAGCAUCAAGCAGAGUGGAGACGUAUGGAGCGAGAGAAGAUGGAGGCAGAAAACAAGCGCAUCCUGGAGUUUGCACGCUACCAGCAAAGGAAGGAGGAGGACAGAAUGGCCAAAGUUAGAGAACGAGAGCAGGCGAAAGAAACACUGCACAAAAUGCUCUCUGAGCAGAUUGAUAUGGAGAGAAGACAGCGUGAGGAGAUGGAGCGUGUUCGUGAGGAACUCUGCUUGGAAGAACAGGCAGAGGUUGCAAGACAACAAGAAAUCGAAGACAUGGAGAAGAGGAUCCGACAGCGGCUAGAAUUGCAGCAGACGUGUCAGGAGAUGAUGGCCUUCAAGCAGUUGCGCAAACAAGCCGAGAAAGAGGAAGAAGAGGCCUUUAGACAGAUGAUGAUGGCCAAGUUUGCAGAAGAUGACCGCAUUGAGCAGAUGAAUGCCCAGAAGCGUCGUAUGAAACAGUUGGAACACAAAAGGGCUGUGGAGAAGCUGCUGGAAGACAGGAGGCAGCAGUACCUGGCUGAACAAGAGAGGGAAGCAGAAGAGAGAGCGAUGGAGCAGGAGAGAGAGGCUCAGCGUCGACAGAUCAUUGAGGAGGAGAGACAGAGGCUUCUAAAACAGCAUGCUACGAAACUGCUGGGAUACCUUCCAAAGGGUAUUUUCAAAGAAGAUGAUCUGGAGCACUUUGAUGAGGAUUUCAAAAACAAUUUCAAACAACAACGGGCUGACAUUUUCUCAGAUGAGGGCUGGGGAGAGGAUUAGCAGUAAUAUACAUGGCACACUUGCUUAAUUUUAAUCUUCCUGAGGUCUUCAAUGUCGGUUUCUAAAUACUUAACAGAUUAUAAACUGUUGGGUGUGUCUACCAGUUUUACAAACUAUUGGAAAUGAUAAGCAAAUUUAAGUCUUUCAUCAGAACAAAUUUAAAAUAUAAACUUAGCUGGAUUCAAUUGUAUUUCAAACUUAUUAAAACAGAAAUAUCAAACAAUUUAGUCUUGUGAGUUUUAGUAAAUGAUAAAAAAAAAUAAAAAUGCAUUCAAAUAGAUACUAUUAGAGUAUGUCUCAAAUUUCACCUGGCAGAAUUGAGUUUCAUGUUGUUACAAACCAUGUUGUCCAGUGGUAAGCAAUCUAUGUAGCCUUUGAAUUUAAAUAAACUUAAAAAGGCCAUCACA